UCUCGACAACUCACAUACGGGGAGCUUUCUGAGGGAAUGUCUGUUGUUGGGUUGGAAAGUUUAGUCUGCAGCCUCUCUGUAGUCGUUCUGAUCGCUCCGGACGCGACAUCCGUACUUUCAUUAGCACGUAACACUAAGAGUCAUUGUAAAGUGCCCUUCUGAUGGCGGACGACCGUGAUUUGGACGAUUUCUUCGCCAGAAAGACGAAGAAGAAGACGAAGGCGAAGGGCAAGGCGUUCACCACCAGUACCAAGAUUGCACAGAACGUUGAACAAUUGCAGCAUGUUGCGCGAGAACGUGAGCACGCGCAUUUGCAGCCAGCUCCAGAGAAACCAGCUGUACAGAACCCGGAAGAUGAAGAGUGGAAUGACUUUCAGGAAGAGGUUGUGAAAGACCUGUCUGGUCUGAAGAUUAUUGAAUUGAAGAAAAGCUCAUCUCAGACUGAACAAGCUGAUCUUGUUGGCGAACAAGAGCCAGUGGAAGAUGACGUUCCUUUGGUGAAAUCUGAGUCAAACAAGGCAGCAGGGCCGUGGCAAGUUGUUGCCUCUACUUCGCCCAUUCCAUCUGCCGCUGAGGUCGUUAAGCCUACUACUUUGACGUCUCAAGACUUGCCUGCUGAACAAUCUGAUAAGAAAUAUAGACCUGGUGCAUUUGGAGCAAUGAAGAAUAAAGGACUUGCCCAGCAGAGUCAGACAUCAUGGCAGCAGAGUCAGCCAUCUUGGCAGCAAAGUCAGUCAUCGUGGAGAACGAGGAGGAAAGCACCGGAUGUAACCAGCGAAGAAGCAUUUCCUAGUUUACAUCAAUCGACUAAUAGAUCUCAAUCUGGUAACUAUCCGAGUGCUGACUCUAUGGAAGGCUUCCGAGACGUAAAGAAUGGAAUUCGUCCUCCCGACUGUUCGCGAGAAGAAGUUCCUCUUGCACAAGCAAACAAGUUUGAUGCUCUGAGUAAUUCUAACUAGAUCGACCAACAAUAGCAUUUUCACUUUCUUCAGGUUAGUUUAGUCUACAUCUUACGGUUGCUCGUUGUUCUAGACUGUCUAUACUCAGGAAUAGCAGACAGUAAUAGCAUUCUAUGAGUUUACACAUGUUGUUAUUCAGUCCACCAUAUGGGCAUAUGGGAAACUUUGUUGUUUGUUAUGCCACUAUCUGUUGAUUCUUAAGUUCUCUUUAUCACCUGCGUGAAAUUUUG